UCGAGGAAGAGGUAUUCUUGGAGUUAUAGAAAAGUUCUUUGAAGCUAGCUGUUCCAGCUUUUGUCGUUAUUAAUGGCACUUAAUCUACGAUUGGUUUUGUUUAGAUGUUAUAUGAUUCAUCGGUUAAACAAAGAGUGCCACUAAUGAAUGCAAGACAGUGAGUAUACAAUUUAAAUAAGGUCAAUGUAAAGUCAGCCACACCGCCACAAAAUGCCAACAAUAAUUAUUGACAACAAAGUAUAAGAUGGUUUUGGAAUUGGGGAGUUCGAUUAAAUGGCUCAAACAACUUCGGGGUACCUUCUACUUGACAAGGAAAAUGCUACUUUAACGAUAGAGUCUGAUAGCAGAAGCACCUUUGAGGUUGUCGUCCAAGCUACGAGCAUGGCUUUCAUCUUGUUAUCUGGUUGUAUUGGUAAUAUCUUAAUUCUCUUAGCAAUCUAUGUCGAUAGGACACUCCAGACGGUGACAAACUCUUUCCUAAUCAACCUGGCUGUAGCAGAUCUCUUGCUAUCGUUGAUUGGGAUGCCAUUCACGCUUGUAUCAUCAGUGACUUACGAGUGGAUAUUCGGGCCUGCUUGGUGUAACAUCAAUGGUAUGGCAAACUCUUUAUUCUGUGUCGCAUCAAUAAUGACUUUAGCUGCUGUCUCUAUCGACCGAUAUAUCGCUAUAAUACACCCCUUGAGGUACACAUCUUACAUGACAAGGAAGACCGCGGGUUUGAUGAUUCUGUACAUCUGGGCUCAUUCGUUAUUGGUCUCUCUUCUCCCAGUGUUUGGAUGGUCCGAGUACACAUUCCUACAAAACGAAUCCAUCUGUACUGUUCAUUGGCAGUUAGAUAUUUCAUGUACGAUGUUUAUUUUUGUGGUAUGUUUCUUUUUACCACUUGCAGUCAUAUCGUAUUCUUAUUCUAGAAUCUUGAAGACUGCCUGGGCUCAAUCCAAACGAAUUGUCCCAGUAACUGGAAGGAUUUCUSUGCGAAAAAAAGACUUGACUCCGGCAGACUCGAGUACGAAUUUAAGCCGAAAUUUAAGCGAUGGAUCAUUGGAUUCUCGCCAUUAUCAAAUAAGUCGAGAUACGGUGUCUACUUAUGGCCGAAGUUCAGGAUCUCAGUCAACAGAUGAAUUCUUGAGUAAAAACUUGAAAACACAAGACAAAAAACCAAUGCCUUUGAGAAUUCUCGAAAACAAUCACGCACAGUACUUUGAUGGUACAGGAAUUUCUAAAAUACCUUCUCUGUACACAAACGAGCCGUAUGAAGAUGUAAUUGCUAUGAAUUUGGAUAAAAACGCAAAACUAAACGAUGAGGCUCAGAAAGAAACUCCACUACACAACACAAGCACUUUAAAAAUGCUGGUUAAUGAAAAAAAUACAAGAGCUAUAAAAGAGAAAAACAAUGUAAAGUAUGAAGAGAGUUUGUUGUCCAUUGAAAAUGCAAAUAACAACGAGUACCAUAAACCUUCUACGUCAUUCAAUUCGAGAAUAAAAGAUACARGCAUUUUUGUAAACGGCUGUAUUGAUGAAGGUGAGAAAGGGGGGGCUUCAGUUUCUUCAGAAAAGAUGCUUGUAAGAGGGAAAUAUGAUGAACAUAGAAGAACCCCCGUGCCUCAAGGACUGGAAAAAGAUCUAGAGAURGCAAGCGAUAGAMGUUGCAAAGAAGAAAUGCAAGAUGUCAUAAACAAAAGUGAUGAUAGUUUGGGAAUCUGUCACUUCAUGGACAAUGAAGUCGUACAUGAGGAUACAAUGGGUUCAACCACUGGWAUUAAUCUCCGUAAUGAUGCGGAGCAAGGUUCUGGUAGCUCUGCACAAGGCUCCAUAACCUCUGAUGAUGUCUUCCUACCGUCUAGUCAUGAUGCUGCAAAAAGAAAAGAUCUCCAUGGAAGUGAUGAGAAAUAUUUUGAAACCAAUAACAACAAUGUUCUAUUAMCUGCYUCGACACAAAACAAAAAUGGAAGAAUACAUCAUUUUCAAAACACACGAAAAGCAAGAAUUUCUGUCGUGGUAUCUUCCGAAACACCAAAUKAUUCACCACGACCAGAAAAGCGUCAAAGRAGAGUCACUUUAGCUACCUAUCCGAAGAGUUAUUUGGAAAACCGAGUCGUUAGCCCUAAAUCUAGUACCCAAACUACACAAUACUGCAGAAGAGAAAGAGAUGGACUUYCUGGARUAAAAGAUUCUGAGGUUUCGAAGUCGACGCCUUGUCUUAAAAACGCCUCAUCGCAGGUAUCYCUUAGGGUUGAAGAUGCUGCAARUGUUAUCAAGCGAAAACUAAGCAGUUGGAACAACCCUUCAGCUUCGAUACAAGCGCUAAAGAAGAAGUGCACCAACACUACUGCAGGGAUAUUGAAAAUGAAGCAAGACAGAAAAGCAGUGAGGACUUUAUUGAUUGUUGUAGGCACAUUCGUGUUGUGUUGGUUGCCACAYUUCAUUGGUAUAUUCUGUCUYAUUACRAACGAAUGUACGUGGCCUGAUCGAUAUUUUGCGAUAACAACAUGGCUUGCCAUGUUGAACUCGGGMUGUAACCCCGUWAUCUAUGGAGCYAUGAGUAGACAGUUUAGGAAACGYUUUCGACAGAUACUACAGUGUAAGAGAGGAUUCUUUUGAAACUAAGAUGAUACAGAUUUUCUUAUCAAUUCUUUACCCAUUUGUGAAUAAUUCAUUAGAAUGUUUAGCCCUAAAAGCUUUCACGAUAUUAGAAAUACUGAAAACAGGAAAGAGUAACUUAAAUAAUUAUUAAAUAAACUUCAAUUUUGAAA